CGAUGUUCUUCUGCUCGUCCAACUACGCGCUCUCGUCCAACCGCCCAUCCCCCGGGCGCUAUGUUUGAGGCCCUCUGAGCCUGUGAGAAAAGAGCGCUCAGCCUGUGGAGAUGAAGAGUCAUAGCUCUUUGGAACGCCAUCCCACCGGGUGGAGUCUCCGAUGGCUGCGCUGUAUACCAGUCGGCGCUUCUGCGCAGUCUAUUCUGGGACUUCAGCGCCAACUUCCAGAACUGGAUGUAUCAGUGGAUGUUAAAUGAAGGCAUGGUCUUGUGGGCGUCAUAUACCUGGAUAUACCCUGCAUCCAACUGUUCUCUUUGUUCACACUUUGUAUACUGAAAUGUUUUGUCUUCUUCUUUGAUGUCUAUUUAAAUCUAAACAGAGCUUCUGUUACUUAAUCACACUCUUCUAUUGCUUCAUCCUUUUGUCUGUUGGAUUAAAUCUCUUCGUGACAAGCUCUCUGGAUUUCCUAGUGUUACCAAUAUGGCGAGGUCGCUGCUGCAUCACAUCCUCGCCAUAUACUUGGUCUACUCUGUUCUCGAUACGACCACCAUAGCAGCUGCUGUUUCAUCAAGCGAGGUAUUAGCACUGCUGCAACGAGACACUGGUUCAUGCCCCAAUUCAUUUGAUCAUUGUGCGAAUUCGAAGUUCCCUGCAGAUUUCUGCUGUCCAUCAUCGUCGACUUGCAUAAGUCUGGACAAUGCCAGCUCUGCUAUCUGCUGCCCCGAGGGAUCGGACUGCUCCUUCAUCCAACCGAUUACAUGCGAUAUCCAGCUACAAAAUGUUACGGCCCAUCCAACAAACUCACUCAAGACCACCAAGCUGGAUGACAGCCUUCCAAAGUGCGGAGAUUCAUGCUGUCCCUUUGGAUACACGUGCCAAAACGACAAUACAUGUGCCCUUGACAAAGACACAUCAUCAUCAGCAACUUCUUCCGCAAAUCCAUCAACCUCUGCUGCCGCUACAUCCUCGACCCAGACCACGGUAGCAACUGCUUCCUCUGAGACCGGAUAUACAAGCUCUGUCACAUCGGAAACAUCAGCUCCAUCCGCAACACCUUCAAUCGCAAUCACUGCAAAUCCGUCCGCAACUGAUUCUGCCAAUCCAACAACGACAAGUCCCUAUUCUUCGACUUCUACUUGGGAUGCAACUUCUCUAGCUGGACUCUCUACGACUUCACCGAGUUUGACACCGAAAUGUCCAUCCUUUCCCACCAAGGCUAUUAUUGCGGGUUUCUUCCCAGGUCUCCUCUGUGGCGUCAUUAUAACACUCCUUGUGACGAUCUGCUUCAAAAGACGAAGCAGGCGACGUGUUCCUCCUGUUUCGAAGAUUCCCCAUAUCCGCCAACGAAGUUCUGAUGGAGGAAUCAUCGGUAUAUCAGGCCCCAUUAUGACGGAAGAGAACUCCUUUCGGUCAGACUUCUUGCGCCGUAAUGGUCUAUCCCGAAAUUCCGUAGGUGGCAGAUCGAUACUUCAUCGUUCCAGAUCUCGCGUCCGGAGUCUCUUCGCCACUGGGCCUCCUAAAGGGAACAUCUAUACCACCGACAGAUCUGCUCCUCCACUUCCAGUCACGCCGCCCCGGCAGAUCAUCCCACAACGGCCGCCUAGCACCGAGAGCAUUACGGUGUUUUCGCCAGAAGCAUUUGCUUCUUCUGACGUGCUGAAUCCAAGUCCAUAUCCUCCAAGACCGAAUACGACAUUUACCGAGAUGAUCGACAAUGUGGGCUUCAAGAACAGUGAUGGAAACCCGUAUUAUCGUGUCACGGAAACACCGAAGCCACCAUCUCAGACACAGAGUCCCCCGAGGAGACUUGCUUAAAAGCGCUGGCACGUUUCUGCAUUGGUGGAACGCGUAUUUAAAAUUUCUUUCUGUGGCUCAAAUCUUUUGAUUUGCUUUAGAACGCCCUACACAUACAGGACCCUCGUCUAAAGUUUCGGACGCAGGGGUUGUCAUUUUUCUGCUACAUAGUUAGCGAGCUUAUUCUAAUUUAAUAGACAUCGAAGUAUACAUGCA